UUUUCCUCUCCAACGUUCACAACCUUUUCGGCCUCCUCUUCCUCCUUUACUAUUAAACCCCCUCAUUCUUCUUCUUCCUCUCAAAAAUACCUAAAUUUCUCUACUAUUUCUCCCUCAUUUCUCUCCUAUCCAACCAAAACUAUAAACAUAGUAAAACAGAGAUUAUCAUCACCAUCAUCCAUGGCUGAAGAAACCAAGAAGCCCGAGGAAGUGGUGGUUCCGGUCCCGGAACCCGAGAAGCCCGUUGUUCAGAAGGAUAACCCACAACCCGAACCCGAGAAGCCGGAUGUGGAACCCACCGAGAAGCCUAUUGAGGAAUCCGCUGAGGCUGAGGUUGAGGCGGCUGAACCUGAGAAGAAGAUCGCUCAACAAAUCUCUUUCAAGGAAGAGACUAACGUUGCAAGCGAGCUUCCUGAGCCUCAGAGGAAGGCUCUUGAGGAUUUGAAGAAACUUAUUCAAGAAUCCCUUGAAAAGCACGAAUUCUCUUCCCCUCCUCCACCCCCUCCUGCUAAGGAGGAAAAGAAAGAGGAAGAGAAGAAGGAAGAGGAGUCCGCCGCCGCCACCACCACCACCACCGCAGAGGAGGAGAAGCCGGUAGAGGAGGUUGUUGUUGCGGUUGCGGUUGCUUCUGUCCCCGCUGUUGUUGAAGCCGUUAAAACCGAAGAGGCCCCCAAAACAGAGGAGACCCCAAAAACAGAGGAGGUCCCUGUUUCUGUAGUAGUUACCGAGGUGAAGAAGGAAGAAGAAGAGAAAACUGUUGAGGACAUCAAGGAAACAAUCGUGGUUGAGGUUGCGACAACUUCAACACCACCACCAGCAACGACGCCUGUCGCGGAGGAGACACCCAAGGAGGAGGCUGAACCCGCAAUCCCCGAGCCGCCAAAGGAGCCAGAAGAAGUCUCAAUCUGGGGAAUCCCUCUUCUAGCUGACGAAAGAACUGACGUAAUCCUCUUGAAAUUCCUCCGAGCAAGGGAUUUCAGAGUGAAGGAUGCGUUCACCAUGAUCAGAAACACCGUUCGUUGGAGGAAGGAAUUUGAGGUUGAUACUCUUCUAGAAGAAGACCUUGGAAAUGAUUACGAAAAGGUUGUUUUUACUCAUGGAGUUGACAAACAUGAUCGCCCUGUUUGUUACAAUGUUUUUGGUGAGUUCCAAAACAAGGAGCUUUACCAGAACACUUUCUCUGAUGCUGAAAAGAGGAAGAAGUUCUUGAGAUGGUUGAUUCAAUUCCUUGAGAAAACUAUCAGAACCCUUGAUUUUAGUCCUAAGGGGGUUAACUCUUUUGUUCUUGUUAAUGAUUUGAAGAACUCUCCUGGGUAUGGUAAGAGAGAUCUUUACAAGGUUAUUGACAAGUUCCUUGAGAUUCUCCAGGACAAUUACCCUGAAUUUGCUGCCAAACAGGUGUGCAUCAAUGUUUCAUGGUGGUAUUUGGCAUACAACUGGAUCUACUUGACUGUAUUUUCACCAAGAAGCAAGAGCAAGUUUGUGUUUGCUAGUCCAUCAAAGACUGCUGAAACCCUUUUCAAGUACAUAGCUCCUGAACAGGUGCCUGUUCAGUUUGGUGGGCACAGUAAGGUUGGUGAACAUGAAUUUUCACCUGCUGAUUCUGUCACUGAAGUUACUGUCAAGCCCGGCAGUAAACACCCCAUUGAGUUUUCCUUCUCGGAGGAAACGGAGUUGGUGUGGGAGCUAAGAGUAAUUGGAUGGGAUGUAACAUAUGGAGCAGAAUUCAUGCCAUCAAAAGAAGGAGGAUACACACUAAACAUAACAAAGCCAAAGAAAGUAACAGGAGCAGAUGAGCCAGUUAUUUGUGACACAUUUAAAGUAACUGAGCCAGGAAAGGUUGUUAUUACCAUUGACAACCAAAGUUCCAAGAAGAAGAAGCUCCUUUACAGGUCUAAAGUCAAGGUUUCUUCUCAGUGAUCAUCACAAAUAUUUCAAUUUAUUCAAAAUCAUAGUGAAUUUUAAUAAGUUCUUUCAUUUUAAUUUUUUGAUAAGGAGUUUUGGGGAUUAUUAUUAUUUAUUAUUUGUUUCUUUUUCUUUUGGAUUUUAUUUUUUGAUGGGUGUGUCCUGUUCCUUAUAUACAGAGGUGCAAAAACUGUGUAUUGAUACUCUUUUUUAUCUGUAUAUUCUUUAUUCUAUGUAAAUUUAAAUUAUGGUGGUUGGAGUUGUGACAAAAUCUAAAUUAUAAUUUUUGUUCUGAUUUUC